AUGCGCCCCUCGCCCGGCCCGCCCGCCCGCCUGCCUGCCUCUGCCCGGCCGGCCGCGCUUUCGCGUGGGCCCCGCCGGCCCGCCCCCGGCCGCCGCCGCCAAUCCCCGCGCGCCUUUGGCUUGGAUUGGCAGGCGCCGCCCGCCCCCCGGCCGCCCGCCCGGCCAAUCCAGGCGCGGCGGUUCCUUUGUGCUAUUCAAAUGCAGAGCCGACUUGGGGCCGCCGCCGCCGCCGCCGCCGCCGCGGCUGGAAGGUUCUCCCGAGAGCGGCCGCCGCCGCGGCUCAGGCAGGCAGCAACCGGAGGGAGCCGAGGCGCCCCGCGAGGGCCGGAGGGGGACGGGGCAGCAGGACCCGCGGGGCGCCCCCUGGCCCGGCGCCCGCCCACCCGCCUGCAGAGCUCGGGGCCCGCGGGCCGGGGCCUGGCCAUGUGCGGGGAAGGGAAAGUGGGCGGGGCCCCGCUGAGGUGUGGAGAGAGCCUGCUGUCGGUGGGAGGGGGGCAUUCAACCGGGGACCUAAAGUUGGAUAAUCUGCUCUUAGAUGCACGGGGAUUUGUGAAGAUUGCUGAUUUUGGACUUUGUAAGGAAGGGAUGGGCUUUGGCGACCGGACCAGCACCUUCUGCGGCACCCCGGAGUUCCUGGCUCCAGAAGUGCUAACGGAUCCCUCGUAUACCCGGGCUGUAGACUGGUGGGGGCUCGGCGUGCUCAUUUUCGAGAUGCUGGUUGGCGAGUCUCCAUUCCCUGGUGACAACGAAGAAGAGGUUUUCGACAGCAUUGUCAAUGAAGAUGUCUGUUACCCACGAUUCCUUUCUACAGAGACCAUCUCUAUUAUCCGUAAGCUUCUCCGGAAGUGUCCAGAGCGGCGCCUUGGAGCUGGAGUAGCAGAUGCCGAGGAGAUUAAAAUCCAGCCCUUUUUCAAGGAGAUCGAUUGGGAUGCCUUGUUCGCCAAGAACGUGAAGCCCCCGUUUGUACCCACUUUGAAAGGUGCUGCUGACAUCAGCAACUUUGACCAGGAGUUCACCUCUCAGAAAGCAGUCCUGACUCCCCCCGAUGACCUCCCGGCUCUCACACCGGAGCAGCAGGCCGUUUUCAAGGACUUUGACUUUGUCUCCCGACACCUCCUUGAGACCUGAUUGGACAGGGCCGAAGACCCCACUUUAUUACCACUGGAGGAAAGACUCAGUCACUGGUUGGGUAUAAUGAAGUUUGCAAAAGGCACGCAAAGGCUUGUUGGGAAAGGGACGAAGCGUUCCAAUGGUGAUGGGGACGAAGUAUUUUCAUUGGGAGAACAUUGCCUUCCGCACGGUUUAUGCCAGUUUGCUGUGCUUGACAGAUUUUCCUGGAAAAAUCUGGGCAAUUGAAACCAGAAUCCCGUGGGAACCAAGAUUGCUGAUGUCGUGACAGUAUUGUGGAAGAGACAGGAGUCCUACAGUCAGUUCCUUCUCCCUCUGGAUCUGUUUAGUCCAAAGCAGAACAUCUGAAACUCGGAAAGAACUUCUUAGCUAAGGAAGACUCCUCUUCACAUCAUCUUAUAAGCUCCUUGGAAGUCUGAUUUUUGGGAAGGAAGAAACCCUAGACACUGAACCUUUUCCCUACAUAACCACCAUGUCCAAAGCCACUCAAAAUACACCCCACCCCCACACAUCAGCAAGUAUCUCUUCAAGAAAAAUCCAGCAGGUCUUCUCAGGGAUUGAUGGUUGGCCUUCCCAGAUAAGGCUUUGCUCUCCCCUCCAAGCUGGGUUUGGGUUCAUUACCGUUGUGUCCUUCUUGUGUUGAAUGAAGUCUAGAUGAAACCUGGGUGGUGAAGGGGCUGCUGGGUCGUAGGCUGCUAACCACUCCUCUGCUGGAAUGUUUUCAAGGCCAAAAGGAUGGCUCUCAGGGUGAUUCCUUGGAUGCGUGAAUGACUUUGAUGGCAGGUGGAUAAGUUUGUGCUCCUGCUGACUUUGGAAGUUGUGGAUAUGAAUGCGAUUUUUUGCAAUGCCUGGAAUUUCUUCCAUAAGUUUACAUUUGUAAAGAGAUGCAUUUGAAUCAGCCUUGAGGCUUAGCUAGGGAAGACUCUCAUUUUUUGCUACCGUCUAAUGAUUGUCUUAGGAUGAUGGCAUUAAAAUUUCACAGUGUUUGCUUGUAUAAUGAGUUGCCGAGUUGGCACCUCGUUCCCAUCCGUUUGAUCUAAUUCUGCUCAGUAUGGAUAGCAUUCUUUAAAAAUGCUGUAUUAACACUUCCUGUUAUAUUUUCAAAGAUGCUUCGGUAUCCGGCUUAUGGAUUUCUUCCCCGUUUUGUCGAUAAAGACGUCACUGCAAUGGAUGUGGUUAAAUUGUACUUUUGUUUCUGUGCAAUUCCUUUACAGCUCAAGGCUUUAUCUGUUUAGUGAAAAGGGAUAAUUUAUAUUAAAGAGAAAAUGAAAUAUUUGGUAAUGACUGAAAAAACAGCCAAGUGAUUGGAAGAACGGGCAGGGCUGGUACACACCGUCCACCUCAGCUGGUGUCUUUGAGAGAUGCAUGCAAAAAUUAGCUUCAAGCACCUAUUGUGAGUUUCUAUUUAAAAUUAAAUUGCUUUGAAUGGGAA